AUGCCAUUGUUUGCAGUAACGUUGUACGAGUUCAAAGCAGAGAGAGAUGACGAAUUGGAUGUAUCACCUGGUGAAAACUUAUCAAUCUGUGCUCAUUACGAUUACGAAUGGUUCAUUGCUAAACCAAUCAAUCGGUUAGGAGGGCCAGGGUUGGUGCCUGUGUCCUAUGUGCGAAUCAUUGAUUUGAUGGAUCCUGCAAAGUACGCCUCGGUGGACACAUAUGACCGAGAACAGGUGAUGAAGAUCAUUGAUGAAUUUAAGAUCCCUACAGUGGAGCAGUGGAAGGACCAAACCAGGAGAUAUAAGGAAUCAAGUAUACAAAUUGGAAAUGGACAUGGACAAAGCCAGGGACAUAGCCAGGGACAAAGUCAGGGACAUAGUCAAGGACUGGGAUACAGCCAAAGCUACGGAAGACAGAGCAGUGUGAGUCAAUAUAGCAAGACACCUCCAUCUUCAAACCGCUCUUCGAAAAACUCGAUCUGGGUUGAAAAAUGUAAUGUAACAUCAUAUCUACUAAUCGAAGGACGAUAUCAGUAUUUAAUUGUUGCAAAGAUGUCCAACGGCAAGGAAAGAGAGUUGUACCGAUAUUACCAAGACUUUUAUGAUUUACAAGUUAGGCUUUUGGAGAUGUUUCCGUUUGAAGCAGGUAAGAUGGAACAUUCGAAAAGGAUAAUCCCCUCCAUUCCUGGUCCUUUGAUUAAUGUCAAUGACUCGAUAUCAAAGUUGAGACGGGCGAAGCUCGACUCAUAUUUAUCCAAUCUUAUUGCCUUACCAACACAUAUUUCAAGAUGCAACGAAGUAUUAAACUUGUUUGAAGUGCUCAAUAAUGGGUUUGAUACGGAAACAGAAAGCCGGAGAGGGAAGCCAAUAAGCCAGAUACUGAAUUCACACCAGGAUAGAUUAUCACAGUAUAUGCUCGACUCACCAACUACCGAGAAACAGCAACUACAAUAUCAGCAAUAUGAUCAACAACAGCAGCAACAACAGCAACAGCAGCAGCAGCAACAACAGCAACAACAACAGCAACAAAAAUUCAAAGUCAAGUUUUACUAUGAAGAAGAUAUUUUUGCAUUACUACUCCCCCAAACACUACGGUUGGAAGAUUUGAAAAUCAAAUUAUACAAUCGAUUGGAAUUGGAGGAUAGUCAGCAGCAUAAUUUUAAAACACCAAAAACACACGAAUCCAUCCAUUUGUACCUCAAAAACGAUUACGAAGAGUUUAAAACAGAGAACAAUAUUACUGAGGUCGAUUAUGAUUUACAUGGCGCAAAUCUCAAAGAGUUUGAAGUGGAUGAUGACACAAAGUUCCAUGAAAUAUUGGGAGAUAAAUGUAAGAUAAUCAUAAAAGUUGUAUAG